AUGGCCAAGACACCGCCGCCCACCUCCACCUCCACCUCCACCUCCGACCCCGCGCUCCCAACCACCACUACCUCAGCCCCCAAGUCGUCGCCCCGCCCCGCCGCCGCGGGCCUCCUCGCCCCACUCGCCGCCUCCGCGCGCACCAUCCUCGCGUCGGCGCGGCGCUCCCCGGUGACCACGCUUGCCGCCGCCUUCUUCCUGCUCGCGCUCGUCAUAUACGGCGAGGACGCGCGCACCAUCGCCGAGCUCUCCAUCAACGACUACCUCUACCCGGACGCCGACCUCUACAACGUCUCCGGCCUGCCGCCGCCCACCUGCGACCUCUCCCGCGGCCUUUUUCCUUUUAGGCCUAGAUGCCUUCUGUUUUUCCUCUUUCUCCCUGCUGUACAUAACAUUCUUUCAUUUAAUAGACAAAGCAAAACAAAUAUAGGUAGGUGA